CUCAUAGAUGCCGGGAUCAAGGCCGUGUGGCCUGGGGGCUUGGGGAACGCCAGGACAGGGGCAGGGACCUGCUCACGGGGUUUCUCUUGCAGGUUGGGCACGAGCCACUACCUCCAACGGUUGGAAGAAAUGUGCUGGGACGGAAAGUUCUGUACUUGCCCGGCUUCUUCACCUACGCCAGACACAUUGUGGAAGUGGAUGGGAAGAGAGGCCUCUUCCGUGGUCUUACUCCUCGCCUCCUCUCAAGCACUUUAUCAACCAUCACCAGGGGGAGUGUGAAGAAGGCCUUUCCACAGGAAGACAUGGAGCACGUUUCUAACAAGGAUGAUGUGAAGACCUCCCUCAGGAAAGUGGUGAAAGAGACAUCUCACGAGAUGAUGAUGCAGUGCGUGUCCCGGGUUGUCUCACAUCCGCUGCACGUGAUCUCUAUGCGCUGCAUGGUCCAGUUUGUCGGCCGGGAAGUCAAAUACAGCGGUGUGUUCAGCGCCAUUGGCAGGAUAUUUAAAGAAGAAGGGAUCCUGGGAUUCUUUGUCGGUUUAGUCCCUCACAUCCUGGGGGAUGUCAUCUUCCUCUGGUGCUGCAACCUCUUGGCUCACUUCAUCAACACCUACGCGGUGGACGAUAACUUCAGCCAGGCAUCGGUGAUCCGGAGCUACACAAAAUUCGUGAUGGGGAUCGCUGUGAGCAUGCUGACGUACCCAUUCCUUCUCGUGGGAGAUCUCAUGGCAGUGAACAACUGUGGGUUGCGCGCCGGCCUCCCUCCCUACGCUCCUGCAUUUACGUCCUGGAUCCAUUGCUGGAGGUAUCUCAGUGCUCAGGGGCAGCUGUUCCGCGGCUCCAGCCUGCUCUUCCGCAGAGCGCCCAUGCCAGCCGCCUGCUUCCCCAUCGACUGA